UAAACCGGUGAUGUUGCUUCAGCCUCGACGAAAUGCCUGAUCAUAGUCGAUAUCUGCGAUUUCCGACAUCUAUUUAUAAGAUCAAUGUGUGAAACUAGUGUUUUUUCUCUACUAGUAUUACAUCUUGAAAAUAAUGUGUUAAAGCUUUGCAGGUAUGAUUACUCAGGCUAUGGACAAUCAACCGGAAAGCCUAGUGAACGUAACACCUACGCCGACAUCGAAGCUGCGUACAAGUGUCUCAAAGAGAGCUAUGGUGCCUGGCAAGAAAACAUCAUCCUCUAUGGUCAGUCUGUGGGAAGUGGUCCUACUGUAAAUCUCGCUGCUCGUCUACCUCGACUAAGAGCUGUUGUUCUUCAUAGUCCUAUUCUAUCAGGUUUAAGAGUCAUGUAUCCCGUAAAGCGCACUUACUGGUUCGACAUCUACAAGAACAUUGACAAAAUCUCACUGGUUAAGUCUCCUGUGCUGAUAAUUCAUGGAACUAAUGACGAUGUUGUCAACUGCUCUCACGGGAAGCAACUAUGGGAACUUUGCCAAGAAAAAUAUGAACCAUUAUGGGUCAAAGGAGGGAACCACUGUGAUUUGGAACUCUAUCCCGAGUACAUUAGGCAUGUCAAGAAAUUUAUAUCCUCGGUCGAAAAAACACCUUCACAAAGAAUCGGUUCUCGGAGAAGCACGGAUGGUAUUGAACACUCGAGGCAAAGCAUCGACCAUUUCGAGCCUCCAAGGAGUAGUACGGAUCAAAGGAACAAGCCCCGGAGAAGCUCAGAUGCCCGGGACAAGAUGAGGAGAAGCACCGAUAGGCCCGAAAGACAGAAGUUUCAUGAAUUUAUGAAAUUUAACAACAUUGACCAACUAGAAAAGCUUAGAUUAUCAUUAGAACAGAUGGAAAGAAUGGACCAACCACGGAGAAGUGUUGAAUACCACGAAAAACCGAGUAGCAGUAGCAACGUUCAACGGCUCGAAAAAGCAAGGAAAAGUGUUGAUUGGUUAGAUAGAAUCCGAGCAGUUUAGAAGGUUUUUUUGUCCUGCUCAUCAAGCUUGUUCAAAUGGAGGGGGAGUU